AUGGAUUUGAAGAGACGAGCAGUAAUCCUGGAUUUCAUGGUUGCUUUGAUUGCUCUUUGUGGAUCUUGUUCUGGUUCUGUUCACAAGGUUGGUGACUCUAUUGGGUGGACGGCCAUUGGGAUAAUUGAUAUUCUCUUUUACAAGAAGUGGUCUUUCGCCAACACCUUCCAUGUCGGAGACACCAUUGUUUUUGAAUACAACAAACAGUACCACAAUGUGAUUGAGGUGAUCAGCUUCUAUGAUUUUCACUUCUGCAACACUUCAUCUCCGGUGGCCACUUACUCCAGCGGCAAUGACUCCAUUACCCUCAACAGGUCCGGGGACUUCUACUACACCUGUGCUUCCCCCGGCCACUGCCAAGCAGGCCAAAAGGUCCAUAUAUUUGUCCACUCUGCAACUUCAAUGGGCCCAAUUGGAAGUCCAACUCCAGGUCCAAGCCCAAGCCCAAGUUUAAGUACUGCUCCUACCCCGUUUUAA